UUUAUCUCUUCAUAAGAAUUUCGGACCGUACUCUGCUCUGCCCUGCUUUCCCGUGAAAACGGAGAAGGAAAGAAAAUUCGGCCAAAAAUGGCACCGCAGCUAUUAAAGCUUCCCAUUGGCAGUAUCUCACGCAUACUUCAUACCACUCCAAGCUUGUCUUUUCUCUCUCUUUCCAGAUCUCCAAAGCUUUCUGUGAGAUGGGUCAAAGCCCAAAUUCACAGUCCCUUUAGAAGCUAUGCUGUUGCAAGUUCUGGAAAGCUUCAAGCACCAAAGAAGAAAAGGAGGCUGGAUGAAAUAUGUCUUGAAAGAUUUCAGCAAUACAGCCGAACCUUUAUUCAAUCAUGGAUCCUACAAGGAAAAGUGUCCGUUGAUGGAAAGGUGGUGAACAAAGCUGGAACACCUGUCUCUGAGAAGGCUGUUGUGCAAAUAAUGGCUGAAAUUCCAAAAUAUGUAUGUAGAGCAGGAUAUAAGCUGGAAGCUGCCAUUGAACAGCUAGGCGUCAAUGUUGCUGGUAAAGUAGCUCUUGAUUCAGGGUUAUCCACUGGAGGAUUUACUGACUGCUUGCUUCAAUAUGGAGCAUCAUUUGUUUAUGGGGUUGAUGUAGGCUAUGGGCAGGUGGCUGACAAAAUUCGUCGAGAUGAACGUGUUUGUGUGAUAGAAAGGACAAAUCUAAGAUACCUUUCUGAACUCCCCCAAAAGGUUGAUUUGGUGACUCUGGAUCUUUCAUUCAUCUCAAUUCUCUUGGUCAUGCCCGCUGUAAUCAAUGUGAUGAAGGAAGAUGCAAUCUUAGUUACCUUGGUUAAGCCUCAAUUUGAAGCUCGAAGAUCACAAGUAGGAAGUGGUGGGAUCGUGAGAGAUCCUAUGGUUCAUCAAGAGGUUCUUGAAAAAAUUAUAAAGGGUGUAGAGAAUUUGGGAUUCUGUAGCAAUGGGUGGAUAGAGUCACCAUUGAAGGGUGCUGAGGGUAAUACAGAAUUUCUGGUUUACUUUAGCCGAACAGCUGAGAGAAACGCAAACUAAUUUUGUAUCUGCAAUCUCAUGGUAAUACAAAUUUGUCCUUAAAAACUAUUUGCCCCAUAAAUUUCAUGAUCUUGCAAUUUGGGUGACAUGUUUCGAUCACAUUUCUCAAGUGGUUGGACAUGUGUUGUUUAUUUAUUUUAAUUUGCGUUCCCAA